AAAGCCUGUUUCCUUAUGCUUUACACUCAGUCUCCAUUUCUCCGACGCCACCAUUUUAAAGGGGUUUAUGCGAGGACUCCGCCCAACUUUCUAAGUUUUAUCUCUCUGGGAUCCUAUCUUACAGAGGAGGCUGCGACGGCGACUGCUUGGGGAGAGGAAGAGAAGGAAGCGUCUGCUGCUGCGGGAGCCAAUGCCGCCCUUCGGCUCUUCGGGAGGAGCGUCUCUGCCCGGAUGAGUGUCCUCUGUGCGUCCCCGACUGUCCCCCGGAGGGAGCGGGGCACGGAGCCCUGCGCUGACGAUCGCGGCUGCUUUGCCUUGACCUACGGUAGGAUGUGUUGAAAGGAUGGGGCUGGUCGCUCCGGAGGCUCACCAUGGCCAGAGAAGAUUCCGUGAAGUGCUUGCGUUGCUUGCUCUACGCCCUCAAUCUGCUCUUUUGGUUAAUGUCCAUCAGUGUCUUGGCAGUUUCUGCUUGGAUGAGGGACUACCUGAAUAAUGUUCUGACUUUAACUGCAGAAACAAGGGUAGAGGAGGCCGUCAUCUUGACCUACUUCCCUGUGGUUCAUCCUGUCAUGAUUGCUGUUUGCUGUUUCCUGAUCAUCGUGGGAAUGUUGGGAUACUGUGGAACAGUGAAAAGAAAUCUGUUACUUCUUGCAUGGUACUUUGGAAGUUUGCUUGUCAUCUUCUGUGUAGAACUGGCUUGUGGUGUUUGGACGUACGAGCAGGAGCUUACGGUUCCAGUACAGUGGUCAGAUAUGGUUACUUUGAAAGCCAGGAUGACAAAUUAUGGCUUACCUAGGUAUCGGUGGCUUACUCAUGCUUGGAAUUUUUUUCAGAGAGAGUUUAAGUGCUGUGGAGUGGUGUAUUUCACUGACUGGCUGGAAAUGACAGAGAUGGACUGGCCUCCAGAUUCCUGCUGUGUUAGCGAAUUCCCAGGAUGCUCUAAACAGGCCCACCAGGAAGAUCUCAGUGACCUUUAUCAAGAGGGUUGUGGGAAGAAAAUGUAUUCCUUUUUGAGAGGUACCAAACAACUGCAAGUACUGAGGUUUCUGGGGAUCUCUAUUGGAGUGACACAAAUCCUGGCCAUGAUUCUCACCAUUACUUUGCUCUGGGCCCUGUAUUAUGAUAGAAGAGAGCCUGGGGCAGACCAAAUGAUGUCUCUGAAGAAUGAAACUUCUCAGCACUUGUCAUGUCAUUCUGUGGAACUAUUGAAACCAAGUCUUUCAAGGAUCUUUGAACACACAUCAAUGGCAAACAGCUUUAAUACACACUUUGAGAUGGAAGAAUUAUAAAGAAUGUCAUAGAAAAAGGAAACCACAAACCUGUUUUAUUGGACUAGUGAAAUUUUAAGUAUACAGUUAAUGUUUCAGAAGUUUGUAGAUAUAAAAAUAUUGUAUUAAAGGAUGCCCAUGCAUCUAAUUUUCUACUCGUUAAAAAUGAAAAGGGAAAAGUUUCCUAUGUCAACACUGAGACAGUACUGGUGCCCUUCAUAAUAGUGAGGCAGAACUAAUAACCACUUUAUAGCCUGUGUAAGAUUGCUUUGUGAGCACAAUUAUGUUUUGAGGUGACAUGGUUUAAUCAUCUUUUCUGUAUCCAUCUGUUGAAAUUAGCAAUGCAUUGUGGGACUGGAGCUACAGUGAAGGCUGACUGAUUUCCACUGGCUAGUAUAUAGACUAUCAAUCGACUGGUCAUGUAGGAAUUUAGACAGUACUAAUGACUUUUAUUAUCUGGUGAUACAUUGCUUUUAGGUGACUAGAUUAUGCAUAAAAAAAACUUUCAAGAUUGGGGACUACCUAAACAUGAUUUUUGAUGGUUACUAAAAUUAACACUUGCAAUAGUAAACUAACAUUGCCUUAAACUGAUCACUGAUAUAUAUAUAUAUAUAUAUAUAUAUAUAUAUAUGCUGUGUCUGUAUAAUUCAGAUUUCAGUUCUUAUAAAGAACAAUUGCAAAAAGAAUAAAUUUGUGUUAUGUAACACUUUUUUUUGUCUUUCCCAAUGAUAGAGAUUUAAAAUUCUGUCUUGGAUCUGUAUUACAACCAUAACUGUUAAUUUAAGUACUUAACCAUUAAUUUUUGAAAUUACCACUGUAAUGUACAAAAGUCAUUGUGAUUCUGGCUGUUGUCUGGGCUGCAAGAGAUGUUAACUAGAAAAUUUACACAUAGUUGAUUCAGCAAAAAUUUGGAUGCUUUUUUUUCUCUCCCAAGUGAGGCCUCUUCUUGACAAUAAACACUUUUUGCAGGCACUUAUAUUUUCCUUUUUCAAACAAGAAGCAACUGUCUUUAGUCAAUAUAAUUUUACAGAGAAAAGUGUUCUUUGUCUCUGGAAAGAUGCUCGUAAGAAUUACUAAAAUAAGUGACAGCUUAACCAGAAGAUAUCUUUGAUUUAUUUCACUGAUUAAUAUACUAUGGCAAAUUACACAGAUUAUUAAGUUUUUACAAAAGUAAAAGAUAUUUAUUUGAAUGGGAAAAGUGCAUUUUACUGUAUUUUGUGUAUUAUGUUUAUUUCUCAGAUUAUGGAAAAAUUAAAACGUCAAUAAAUAUUUUCUAGAGAGUG